AUGGCUGUUUCGUACACUAACUUUACGAAUCUACCGGCGAAGCUAUACCUGGUCUACCGAGCUUGCACUUUCACCCCUUUACACGCUGAAAACUUGGCGUCGAAUAUCACGCAAGCAAUGAAGCAACUUUUGGCACAGCCCGACGCAUGCGUUAAGGACAUCGAUAUCUUCAGUCCUUUCAAUGAAAUCACAGUUUCUCGUUGGAACGCAGAAAUUCAGGAAGCUCCAGAUGCCUCUUUGCUCGAGGUGAUACGAGGGCAUUCAAGGUACCGUCCCAGCCACACGGCGAUCCAUGCCUGGGACGGGACAGUAUCCUACUCGGAGCUGGACGUCACUUCAACAAAAUGGGCUAUCUACCUGCAAAGCCAAGGAGUCAAAGCGGGAUGUCUGGUUCCCAUCAUGAUGGAUCACUCCAAAUGGGCGGUGAUUGGACAGCUCGCUAUAUUGAAAGCCGGUGGCGCCUUUGUGCCGCUAGAUCCAGGGCAACCAUUGUUCAGGCUUGAGAAUAUUGUGAGACUUACUACUGAGUCACAUAUUUCUCUCUCAUCGCCGCAUCUUGCCAAUAGACUGCACGGCCUGGUUGAGACUGUGCUUGUAAUCUCUGAUGAGAGAACAGAAUCUCUUCCCAAGGCAAAUGCCCAUCAUGAUGCCGCUGAUAUCAGCCCCGUGGUCAACAAUGGUCCAGCGUACGUUCUUUUCACGUCUGGUAGUACCGGCCGGCCGAAGGGAUGUGUGGUUGGAUAUGGAGCUCUCAGCGACGUUGUCAAUCAAACUACGGCGCUCAAAAUCGGCCCGGACAGCCGAGUUUUGCAGUUCGCCUCAUACACGUACGGCAUGUCCUUGAUUGAAAUAUAUUGUACACUUGCUGCUGGGGCUACCAUAUGUGUGCCUUCUGAGGAUGACCGACUUAACGCUUUAAGCAGCAUUCUGCUGUCCAUGCAAGUGACCUGGGCAAUCCUUACCCCAUCAACGACAAUAUCUAUCGCUGACGCGGUAGUAUGUCUGAAUACACUGGUAGUCGCUGGAGAAGCUUUGACCAUGGACCGACUUCACUCCCUGGCAGAUAAGACAGAGGUAAUCCAGGCCUUUGGACUGACUGAGUGGGCUGGUAUAUGCUGUGUGUCGCAACGGAUUACCUCAGAGACGGACCUGCGCGUAAUUGGCCGUUCACAUACAGCGCGCCUACGCCUCGUAGAUCCAGCAAAUUACAACAGACUGGCUCCUGUUGGUGCAGUGGCUGAACUACUCAUUGAAGGGCCCGCAAUGGCAGAUGGAUACUUGGGGGACCCUGAGCAGACGGCCAGAGCGUUUCCGAAGACGUCGACCGGUGGCAGGUUCUAUAGGACCGGUGACUUAGUACAGUACGCAGCAGACGGAAGCCUCCGCUAUGUUUCUCGGAAAGACAGUCAGGUCAAGAUUCGGGGGAUGCGGGUUGAACUCACAGAGGUGGAGUAUCAGAUACGACGGGCAUUCCCUGGGGUUGAAGAGGUGGUUGUCGAGGCAGCUGCCCCGAAGAAUUCCAGUGGGAUUCCUAUCCUCGUAGCCUUUUUGUGUCCUGAGGAUUUAUCAGGUCUGGUUUGCACGAUCAAGGAGACUAUGAAACGAAGUUUGCCUGACUAUAUGCGCCCCAGUGUUUACGUUCCUUUGGAGUUCAUCCCCAAGACGAUCUCUCGAAAGGUCGACCGGAAAGCUCUGCGGCAUCUUGUACAGUCAUCUACACGCCAUGAGUUGGAGAGAUACACCCAAGCCUCACUCCCUUCAUUGGUAGGCCCACGGACCAAUAUCGAACAGCUAGUACAUGAACUCGUUGCAGACAUGUUGCGUCUCGAUCCGCUCUCACUGGGAAUGCGGCAGAACUUCAUAAGUCUAGGUGGUGAUUCGGUAACCGCGAUGCUCCUGGUCAAUAAACUUAGAAGGAAAGGGUAUAAAAUAACCGUUGCGGCAAUUCUGCGAGCGCAAUCGCUUUUGGACGUCGCUUCACUAGUGCAUUACCCAGCAGGCCUUGAACCCUCCGCGCAGAAAAGCACACCCGGAGACUUGAAGUUGGUACCGAGGGCUAUACACAGGAUUUCUGACUCCGGGACUGUUGAGCAAUCGUUCUCACAGGCGCGUAUAUGGUUCCUGCAAACCCUACGCCCCAGCUCUACGUGGCUUCUCCUACCAUCUGCAACACGUCUGCGGGGAUCGCUCCGGGUUGAUGCAUUAGAAACGGCUUUCUCAGCCCUUGUAGAACGUCACGAAACAUUGCGGACAACAUUUGAGGAUCGGGAGGGGUCUGGGGUGCAAGUGGUCGCGCCUUUUCAUCCAUACCAAUUGGAGAUAAUUGAAAUACCAUCUGGGUCAGAUGCUGACCUCAUAACGGCACUGCACGGGCAGCAAAUACGGCCCAUGGAUCUCACCAAAGAGUGCUGGCGUGCUACGCUAUUCCGUCUCUCACCCGACGAACACGUCCUCAAUAUUGUCCUACACCAUAUCAUAUGUGAUGGCUGGUCCUUCGAUAUCUUUCUGAAGACAUUGCAGAUAUAUUAUGCUGCUGCUCUCCAAGGCCAUUCACCAUUAGAGGGGGUUGAACCUCUGCCGAUCCAAUACCGGGACUUCUCGAUAUGGCAGCGGCAAAACAAGGCACGAACCAGUGUGGAGCAACUAGCCUACUGGGUGAGGCAGCUGGAUGGUAGCCAGCCGGCUGAGUUCCUAUGUGAUAAGAAAAGGCCGCAUAUGCUGUCGGGUAAGGCAGGAUCCCAGCCAGUGAAGAUAGACGUUUGUUUGUACCAUGAUGUGAAGCGCUUUUGUUCAAUGAAGCAUGUAACACCAUUUACCGUCCUGUUCGCUGCGUUCAGAGCGACACAUUAUCGAUUGACCGGCGCCAGUGAUGCAACAAUCGGGAUUCCAUCUGUGUCUCGUCCCCAGGCAGAGCUGGAGGAACUGAUUGGGUAUUUUGGCAAUGUCCAAUGUAUUCGUACCAAGGUGGAAAGCUGCAGUUCAUCAUUCCAACUGCUUGUGCAUCAGGUGCAAUCAUCCAUCACUGCAGCAUUCGAGAACCAAGAUGUCCCGUUUGAUCAAAUUGUUUCCAAAUUAUUGAAGGACCGCGAUGUCUCUCGCCAUCCCUUAGUCCAGGUUGCCUUUAUCCUACACACGCAGGCACAGUUCGGGAAACUUCGUCUGGAGGGCUUGGAAAGUGAACAACUUCCCCUGCCCCAUGUGUCAAGGCUCGAUCUCGAGUUUCACUUGUAUCCAGGCGAAGGGGGAGGAGAUCUUCAGGGCGAGGUCCUCUAUUCGAUGGACCUGUUCCAUGCUGAAACCAUCAAUGCAAUGGUCUUGGUGUUUUACGAUAUUCUUCGCGAGGGGAUUCGUAAACCGGAUACGAGCAUUGACUCACUGCCAUUUCCAGGUGGAUAUUCAAUAUUGAAUGAACGGGGGUUGAUCUAUCCUCAGCAGUCCCGGUCGUUGAGUAUUAUCGACUUGUUCGACGAGCAGGUCCGCGCUCAGACGGACGAAGUAGCUGUCAAAGAUAUAAACGGGCAUCUAACCUAUUCAGAACUGCAUAAGAGAUCCUCCAUGCUCUCGGCCUGGCUAAAGAACAGCUAUUCCUUCGCCGAGGAAACUCCCGUUGGUGUGUACGCCAGCCGAAGCUGUGAGAGCAUUGUUGCCAUCCUGGGUAUACUGAGGGCAGGCCUCGCGUAUAUCCGGCUAGACAUUGAUGCUCCAAAGGCUCGUACGGAGAUGAUUCUUUCAUGUCUGCCCAAUUGCCGCCUUGUCCUAGUAGCAUCCGGACUUGAACCCCCCAGAGUCUGCGUCCAGGGCGUCCAAUUCGCGUAUAUCGCAGAUUCAUGUAAAGAAACCGUCACGGAUGUCCACGACUUUUUGAAAACAUGUACUCCUCCUGGACCAAUGAGCCUCGCAUAUAUCGUGUUCACAUCAGGCACGACUGGAACGCCAAAGGGUGUCAUGAUCGAGCACCAUGGCGUGGCUAACCUAGCCAAGGAGCCAGAUAUUAUUGCCCACGCGGUCAACUCUAGGAUCGCAUCGCACAUGCUAAAUCCGUCAUUUGAUGCAUCGGGCUUUGAAAUAUAUGCUACUCUCUUAAAUGGUGGGACAUUAGUGUGUAUUGACAACAGCGUGGUUUUUGACUUUCCAGCACUGGGCGCUACAUUUAUACAGCACGGAAUCAGACGUGCCUUCAUGACUCCUGCAAUCCUAAAACAGACCCUGGCCUCCUGUAACAGUCUUCUGCGCAUGUUGGAUAUUCUCUAUGUUGGCGGCGACAAGCUCGACCCCGGUGACGUAGCCAAAGUUCAGCGGCUCACCACCGGAAGAGUCCAAAUUUUCAAUUGCUACGGACCGACUGAGAAUUCCAUUGUUAGCACCAAAUACCGAGUCCCAGUGGAUGAGGAAGGUGUGAACGGUGUCCCUAUCGGCCGGUCGAUUUCCAACAUUGGCGCUUAUGUCGUGGAUCGUAGUCUCCGACUGCUGCCCCUUGGGGUUCUGGGCGAGCUGGUCGUCACGGGGCCCGCACUAGCCAGAGGAUAUAUUGAUCCGAAGCACGAUAUAGGGCGCUUUAUAGAACUGGACAUCAGCGAAGAAGUAGCCCCAAUGCGUGCGUACCGGACUGGGGACAUGGUUCGAUAUCGCCCCCGCGACGCCCAACUAGAGUUCUUUGGCAGGAUGGAUCAGCAGGUUAAGGUCCGGGGCUAUCGCGUUGAACUGGCUGAGAUUGACAACACUCUUCUGUUGAGUCCGUUUAUCAGCGCGGCAGUGACUGUUGCGCGGCAGGACCAAGAACUUGUCAGCUUUGUUACAGUGUCAGACAUGGCGUCCGGAUUCAACGACCGUGCUGAGACUGAACACGUCGAUUCUUGGCUAGACGUCGUUGAAGGCGAGGAUUACUAUGGUAGUGUUGGUACCAUUGAGCCACAUUCAUUAGGGGCUGAUUUUCUAGGCUGGAUCUCCAUGUACGAUGGGGAGCCAAUUGACAAGAACGACAUGCGCGAAUGGCUACAAGACACCAUUACAGCGAUACUCAGCUGCAGCCCGUCCAGUGUUCUUGAGAUCGGAACGGGCUCCGGAAUGAUCCUCUUCAAUAUCAUCGGCAGCAUCCAGAAGUACGUUGGCCUGGAGCCCUCCCCCCGGGCUGUGGAUUUCGUUAGAAGGGCAGUCCAUUGGGUUCCAGAGGCUGCCGGGAAAGUUAAUAUAAAAUGCGGCACUGCAUCAGAUAUUGGACGACUGCAGGAUAUGGGGACCCUUGACCUCGCUGUUAUCAACUCAGUAGCCCAGUAUUUCCCCUCGCUUGACUAUCUGCGUAACACGAUCAAAGACCUUGUACGCCAGGGCGUAAAAAGCAUCUUCUUGGGCGACAUCCGCUCAUAUGCGCUGUACCAGGAGUUUCAAGUCAGCAAGGUCCUUCGGCUAUAUGGCCGCGGUUUAACCAUUACCAGAUUCCGCCAACAUAUGGCCGAGAUUGCCCGUUUGGAGAAGGAACUCCUUGUUGACCCAGCCUUCUUCACCUCGUUGCCAGCAGAAUUGCCGGGCAUGAUCGAGCACGUCGAGAUCUGGCCUAAGCGAAUGAAGGCAACGAACGAACUAAGCUGUUAUCGGUACACGGCCGUGUUGCACGUCAAACGUGCUGAACAGCCCUUGCUUAUUCGAGAGGUCAAAGAGAUAUCAUGGGCUGACUUUCAAGCAAAGGGGUGGGACUACAACUCACUUUCGCAAAUGCUAGAAAUCAGCGAUGCUUCCACAGUCCUGGCCGUGGAGAAUAUCCCAUUUAAGAAAACGAUUGUCGAGCGGGACAUGGUACGUUUACUCCAAGAGCUGCCUGAAGACACCGGUUCUGUCAGCUGGAGUUCAAAUGCCCGCGGACCCAAGAGAGCAUUGGCGCCAAUCGACCUAUUCGACGUGGCCAAAAAGACAGGAUGGGACAUUGAGAUCAGUUGGGCCCGACAACGGUCGCAGCGCGGCGGUCUGGAUGCCGUCUUUCAUCGACAAGGCCCACGGGUGCUCUUCCGAUUUCCGGUUGACCCCUACAUCCCGGGUGCAUGCAGUAACGAUCCACUAUCACCGCAGCGGAAUCGGCUACUUGAAAAGCACCUACUGGAGUACAUGAGCACCAAGCUUCCUACGUACAUGGUGCCAAAGCUGAUACAUGUGCUGGACAAGAUGCCAAUUAACAACAUCGGCAAGGUCGACAGACAUGUUCUCGCACAAAGGGCUGCCAUCACGUCAGCUACAAUAUCUGAAUCUGAAUCCUUGUUUCGAAGGGAAAUAGAGCCUGCAUUCACAAGCGAGAUUGAGCGUGCAGUGUGGGAAGAAUUCACUGGUGUUCUGGGAAGGGAGGUUGGCGUAGCAGACAGCUUUUUCCGUAACGGCGGGCACUCCCUGAUGGCUAUCAGGUUGGUGUCCAGGAUUAACAAGCGGCUCUCUUCUGCCCUGUCAGUGAGUGAGCUCUUCCGAUAUCCGACCGUUUCUGGUCUCGCGCAGCACCUUCAGGGCUUGGGGGCCCUUGAAACCCGAGCUGUCACCGUCUACGCACCUUUCUCCUUGCUUGACAGACCGUACGAUCCGUCUGAAGUGCGCCUACCUCCAGAGGCUGAUAUAGUUGAUGUCACCCCGGUAACAGAGUGUCAAGCCUGGUUUCUUCAAUGCUGGAGCUUGGUUUCGCACUCGUUCAUUAUCCAUGGAGUGCUGGAUGUUGAUAGGUUACGCGCCGCCUGUCAGGCUGUAGUGAGACAUCACCCUCCUUUACGGACUGUGUUCACCGAGUUUCAAACCCAACUGGUUCAGGCUUUCGACGGGGUCUCGUUGUCCGCCAUCCUUUACGAUAUUGCUCGCGCCUAUGGGAACUCGGCGUCACCAUUGAGUAACGCAGUACCAUUUUCUCACCACCUGCAUAUGUGUCGUUCAACUCGCCCAGAUGCACUGGCCUUUUGGAAAGCAUACCUGCGAGAUGCCGUCUUGACUGAGGUGCCCCGUCCGGAGGAGGUGAACGCGACAAACGAGAAACCUCUGGAGAUCAUACAGCAAGAAGCACUAGGCGAGGUUAGUCUGCCGUCCACAGUCGACAUCACAUUCUCUACCCUUGUCAAUGCUGCCAUUGCGUUGGCGCUUGCCCGUCUGGUCCAGCGCAACGAUGUUAUCUUUGCCUGCGUCAUGACCUCUCGUGGUGUUCUCGCCGAGUUGGCCGAGUCUGUCGUCGGACCAUGCGUCAAUCGCUGUCUGCUUCGUGUCAAAGUGCCCGACGACUCGAACCCUGACUCAACAGCCCUAGACUUCUGCCGUAACUUACGCGACAACCAAGCCCAGGUUUCUGGACACGGUCACUUGGGGUUCCGUGACGUCGUUGAGAACUGCACAUCCUGGGCGUCUUUGGGUGUUGAUGUUGGCCGUAUUGCUUUUGUAACUCAUCUCCCGGCAGAGACAGCACUAGAAACAUUUUCUCUUACUUUGUUAGAUUCACCGGUCUCGUACGACUCGACAAAUGUGACAAUCAAUCCUGGCAACCAGAUUCUGGUUCGCUCGGCGAUCACAGACGAGCAGCAAGCCUGUAUACAGGUCCUAUCAUCGAGCAAUGUGAUGGGCGCCGAGAAGGCCCUGUUUCUAGCGAACAGAAUUUUGAUGAUCGCGCAGAGACUGUCAGUGUCGGUGUCGGGGGGCAGAUCUCCCAGACUAUUGGAAUUGGAUAAGUAG